AAAUUCAGUUUUACGGAUAGGAUAAACCUUAUCAACAAAAAAAAUCUUAGAACCCACACGCUCACGAACUUUCUAACAUUACUCAGCAUUCAGACUAUGAACAAAUUUGCAAAUAGAUAAUUGGAGUUACAGCUCAAGCUAGAGCUCUCAGUAUUUAAUUGCCCCUACCAUUUCAUCACUACUGACAUAAACACUCUCAUGACAUUUUCCUUCUCCUUUCAGUACCAUAGCUUCAUGGAUAACCUAGCAGCACCUUUCCAUCAUCUUAAUCCUUAUUUUGUUCAUAACCCACAAACACACAUGCCGCCAAGAAGCCAUUCACCCUCUUCAAUUUCUCUUGGAAUGUCAGAAGCUCAGCUUGUUUCUUCUCCUCAAUUUUCCCCACCAAAAUUUUCUCCAUUCUUUCACCCUUUUGGUGAGAUAAGAACCUUGAAUUCUGUGAGGGAAUUGCAUGCCCAGAUUAUCAAAAUGCCAAAAAAGAGGAACUUGGUUACAAUGGAUGGAAGCAUGAUGAGAAACUACUUGCAAUUUGGAGACUUUGAGUCAGCAACAAAGGUAUUUUUUGUGGGUUUUGCAAGGAACUACCUUCUAUGGAACUCUUUUAUUGAGGAGUUUGCAAGUUUUGGAGGUGAUUCACAUGAGAUUCUGGCGGUCUUCAAGGAAUUGCAUGAUAAAGGAGUGAAAUUUGACAGUAAAGCUCUCACUGUUGUUCUGAAAAUUUGUCUGGCUUUAAUGGAGUUGUGGCUUGGGAUGGAAGUUCAUGCUUGUCUGGUUAAGAGAGGCUUCCAUGUUGAUGUACACUUGAGUUGUGCAUUGAUCAAUCUCUAUGAGAAAUAUUUGGGAAUAGAUGGGGCAAAUCAAGUUUUUGAUGAGACCCCACUACAAGAAGAUUUCUUGUGGAAUACAAUUGUUAUGGCAAACUUGAGGAGUGAGAAGUGGGAGGAUGCCUUGGAACUGUUCCGUCGAAUGCAAUCGGCUUCUGCCAAAGCCACUGAUGGCACUAUUGUCAAGCUGCUGCAAGCAUGUGGAAAAUUGAGAGCUCUCAAUGAAGGGAAGCAGAUUCAUGGGUAUGUUAUAAGAUUCGGAAGAGUGUCAAAUACUUCAAUUUGCAACUCUAUAGUUAGCAUGUACUCUAGGAACAAUAGACUUGAACUAGCUAGGGUAGCUUUUGAUUCAACUGAGGAUCAUAACUCGGCAUCAUGGAACUCGAUAAUUUCGAGUUAUGCAGUCAAUGACUGUUUGAAUGGUGCCUGGGAUCUCCUCCAAGAAAUGGAAUCUUCCGGCGUCAAACCAGACAUUAUAACUUGGAAUUCUCUAUUGUCUGGCCAUCUUCUUCAGGGGUCAUAUGAAAAUGUUCUCACCAAUUUCCGGAGCCUGCAAAGCGCAGGCUUCAAGCCAGAUUCAUGUUCAAUAACUAGUGCUCUACAAGCAGUCAUUGGAUUGGGUUGCUUUAAUUUAGGGAAAGAAAUCCAUGGUUACAUAAUGAGAAGUAAGCUUGAGUAUGAUGUCUACGUUUGUACUUCUUUGGUGGAUAAGUAUAUUAAGAACGAUUGCUUAGAUAAAGCUGAAGUAGUGUUCCAUCAUACAAAAAACAAAAAUAUUUGUGCCUGGAAUUCAUUGAUAUCUGGUUACACCUACAAGGGUUUGUUUGACAAUGCUGAAAAGCUACUCAACCAGAUGAAGGAGGAAGGAAUAAAACCUGAUUUGGUGACAUGGAAUAGUUUAGUUUCAGGUUAUUCAAUGAGCGGCCGCAGUGAGGAAGCAUUGGCUGUGAUCAAUCGGAUCAAGAGUUUGGGAUUAACUCCUAAUGUGGUGUCCUGGACUGCUAUGAUAUCAGGCUGUUGUCAAAAUGAGAACUACAUGGAUGCCCUACAGUUUUUCAGCCAAAUGCAAGAAGAAAAUGUAAAACCUAACUCUACUACCAUUUGCACACUUCUCCGGGCAUGUGCAGGCUCAUCACUGUUAAAGAUAGGUGAAGAGAUACACUGCUUCAGUAUGAGACAUGGGUUUCUGGAUGACAUAUAUAUAGCCACAGCCCUCAUUGACAUGUAUGGUAAGGGAGGAAAACUUAAAGUAGCCCAUGAGGUUUUCAGGAAUAUUAAGGAGAAAACACUACCAUGUUGGAAUUGCAUGAUGAUGGGAUACGCUAUUUAUGGCCAUGGGGAAGAGGUAUUUACUCUAUUUGACGAAAUGCGCAAAACUGGUGUUAGACCUGAUGCUAUAACCUUCACAGCUCUUCUAUCUGGCUGCAAGAAUUCAGGUUUAGUUAUGGAUGGGUGGAAGUACUUUGACAGCAUGAAGACAGAUUACAAUAUUAAUCCAACAAUUGAGCACUACUCUUGCAUGGUAGAUCUUCUUGGAAAAGCUGGCUUUCUUGAUGAAGCUUUGGAUUUCAUUCAUGCCGUGCCACAAAAGGCAGAUGCUAGUAUUUGGGGUGCUGUUCUUGCAGCCUGCAGACUUCACAAAGACAUUAAGAUAGCGGAGAUUGCCGCUAGGAAUCUCUUAAGGUUGGAGCCAUAUAAUUCUGCUAACUAUGCGUUGAUGAUGAACAUAUAUUCCACUUUUGACAGAUGGGGGGACGUGGAGCGCCUUAAAGAGUCAAUGACUGCCUUGGGGGUGAAAAUCCCAAAUGUUUGGAGUUGGAUACAAGUUAAGCAGACUAUUCAUGUGUUCUCCACAGAAGGGAAAUCACAUCCAGAAGAAGGAGAAAUAUAUUUUGAGCUGUAUCAAUUAAUCUCAGAGAUAAAAAAGCUGGGGUAUGUACUUGAUAUUAAUUGUGUGCAUCAGAACAUUGAUGACAGUGAGAAGGAGAAGGUUCUGCUCAGUCACACAGAGAAGUUGGCUAUGACAUAUGGACUGAUGAAAACUAAAGGAGGGUCACCAAUCAGGGUGGUGAAGAACACAAGAAUUUGUCAUGACUGUCACACAACAGCUAAGUACAUUUCCUUGGCUCGAAACCGCGAGAUUUUCCUCAGAGAUGGUGGCCGUUUUCACCAUUUCAUGAAUGGAGAAUGCUCCUGCAAAGAUCGCUGGUAAUAAGAUACAUGGCCAAAAGCCUGAAUCAUUUUCUUCUCUGGCUAUUGUGAUCUUGUGUAUCAACAGAGGGAGUGUGUUCAUGAAGGGAACUUUGUGCUAAGUUAAGGAAUGACUAAGUUUCUCGGGGAAUCAUAGAAUACCCUUUUUGCAAGUGGCAAUCUUCACCUGAAAUAGUUUGCCUUUUUUUGCAAGUCACAGUAUGAAGGAGUUAGAAUAGAUACAUUACUUGGGAGCCAGCAUCACCAACAACGUGGCUUAGCUCUCGCUUUAAAAGGUUGCAUGCAAUCUGAAGAAAAAUAUCAUGCAAGUUACUAAACAGUGGCACAAAAUGUGCCUUGUGCUGCUUCUGCAACAAGUUCUUGUACUUCCAGGUUUCACCACUGUCAAGAGUGGCCAUCUGUUGGCUUCAACAGCAAAUGAAAGUAAAGUAUAAAAAAUACUUUUCAAAUUCACAUUGCUAGCAAUCCAGUUUGACAAAAAAGCAAUCAUUUAUUUCAAUAGAAAUUUUGUCUAUGGCUAUUACAGUAUUUUUCUUCACAUCCUCUCCUCUUCUCCACCUUUCACAUAAGUUCGAUGUCAGAAACACUGUUUUAUUAGCGUGCACUUGUAAAUAAUAUAUACGUGAGGCAAUUUUCAGGGUAUGUAUAAGAUAAAAACUUAAUAUUACAAGUUUGACAAGUUAUUC